ACGAUGCCCAUUGUCGGCGUGGACAUAUCUUCGCACACUGGAGAUGAGUUGCCCUUCUUUGACUCACUUUUGGAUCUAGACAAGUGGACGGAUACCCCCUCCAAUAAACUUGGUAGUAUCCCAAAGUACUACCCUCGGCGAGGGCGGGAUGGUGGCGACGACAAAGAACGGAACGGGAGACUACUGGUCUGCCAUGAUUACAGGGGUGGCUACAAUGAAAGUCCAACGUCGUUUACCUACACUUUCAACUUCUGGCCCUGGUGCGACGUAUUUGUAUAUUUUUCUCACCACAGAGUGACAAUCCCUCCAUCGGGAUGGACGACGGCUGCACAUCGUCAAGGCGUGAAAAUGCUCGGGACUUUAAUAUUUGAACACGAAUCUAGUGAAAGCGACUGCCUUCGACUACUCUUUGGUCGUCUUCCUCGAUCCCAGACAGGCCCCGCUGCGCCUUCCCAAGAUGGCACCGUUCCCGUCUCACCACACUAUGCCCGCAUUCUCGCUGAUCUCGCAUACCAGCGCGGGUUCGAUGGGUAUCUACUCAAUUUUGAGUAUCCGCUACGUGCUGGUGGUGGUGUUGGGCACACUCGUUCUUUAGCAGCUUGGAUUGCGCUGCUAAACAGGGAGUUGAAGAAGAAAGUGGGUCCACACGCGGAGGCUAUUUGGUAUGACAGCGUCGUCUUCACCGGACAGUUGCGUUGGCAAGACCGACUGAAUAACUACAACCUCCCGUUCUUCCUCCCAUCCACCGGAUUCUUCACGAAUUAUACCUGGCCUGCCCAUUUCCCUUCCGUUACCACGAAAUUCUUCGACAGCCUGCCAUCAGCUACCCAACAUCUCUCCCCCAAAACCCUUCAAGACGUCUACACCGGCAUUGACGUUUGGGGCCGUGGCUCUCAUGGCGGGGGCGGCCUCGGCUGCUACAGAGCCCUCGAGCACAUCAACCCCAAACCUUCUCCGACCGAAGUCGAGUCUGACCCUGCCAUCGACGCCCGUGGCAGCAUGAGCGUCGCUCUCUUCGGCCAGGCCUGGACUUGGGAAAGCGAGCAAGACAAGCCCGGCUGGGAUUGGGAUCAGUGGUGGUCUUUCGAGCGCAAGUUGUGGUUAGGUUCCGAGGACACGAAUGAGAAUGUCGAAGUUCCGGACGCCCCUGUCAGGAGAGAAGGGGAGCCUGUAUGUCCACAUGGACCUUUUCGACCACUGACUGAGUUCUUCGAACCGAAAUCACCGCCCGAUCCUGCGGAGUUACCGUUCUUCACUUCGUUCUCUCCUGGUGUUGGGCGGGGAUGGUGGGUGAACGGGUCCAAGGUGUGGAUGACGGAGCUCCAGGGGAAGGAGAAGUUGGCCGGGUGGACGGAUGUGUCGAAACAGGGGUCUCUUGGAGACUUGCUCUGGCCUACACCUCGGGUGAAGUGGGAGGAUGUAGGGCGGGAGGAGGCGUUGCCACAAGGGCGGUGCAGCUUCGAGUUUGGAGAUGCGUGGCAGGGAGGGAAUAGCUUGAGGGUGGCGUUCGACGUGCAGGGUUCCGAGGCUGAUGAUGCCUUCUUCCGGUCGAUGUGGCUCCCCGUUCAAUCGUUCGCCCUUACAGCAGGGAGAUCCUACGAUGCCUCUAUUAUCUUCAAGUCAGAGAGCGAGAACAUCGAUGUAGGCCUAUCGCUCAAGUUUCCUCGGGCCGAUGCCUCAACAACCGAAGAACUACCGGUGUCCGUGUCGGAGGAGCUCGCGAAUGGGUGGACGAAGUUAUCUCUCAGCUUCACACCUACCUCGAACGCAGCGCAUAUCGGCCUUAUCGUUGGUUUCGCGGCGGAAGAUCCUUCCGAGGGUCUCCAUCUCUGCUUCCUUAUUGGCCAACUGGUCGUACAUCCUUCGCCGCCGCCACCACCCACUCUAACAUCGAUUCCUCGCAUCCUAUGGGCGGACUUCCAAAGAUCCACAGCACCACCUGCUCCUCCUAUCAACGCCACCGCCACCAUGACCCCAAUGGGUAUCCUCACCUGGGAAAUUUCCGCUACAUUUCUGCCUUUACCCCUCUCUACAACCAUCCCUUCCGUCGACGAUCCCAAUCCCAUAUGGCACCUCGACGUUUCAGAACACUGGUUCCCUUCUUUUCUCUACUUCAACAUAUAUGUCCAGGUACAUGAUUCGGAGGGGAAAGUGAAGGGGCCUGAGAAUGCGAACUUUGUGGGCACGACGGGUUUCGAUGGGAGGAGGGGAAGGUUUUGGGUCGAUGGAGGUGUGAUGGGUGGUGUAAUCCCGGCCGGUUCCGGGAAAUUGAGGUACUACGUGCAGGGGGUGACCGAGAAAGGAGAGGUGUUGACGUGGGAUAGGUGUUGUUACGUCGACACGUAGGCGAGAAUAUAGCUCUGGUGAAAGUAACGACGUACUCGCAGCUGUAAACACGGGAAGAAAUCUGUACGAUACUUGUGCUUGUAUAUUUGCGUUAUCUGCUGCGGUUAAUAUAGUCUC